AUGAAACAAAAUAAGUUAAAGCAAAUCCAGCGUUAAAUCAAAAAAAUUGAUAUUUUUGCAUCACCUGUUGAACUAAUGAUAUAAAAGAAACGCUAGCAUCAAUCUUUAUUUGGAGCAAUGAUGACUGUAGUGAUGUUUGGUUGCAUAAUAACAUAUAUUGUUAACAAAUUUGUAUAAUUAGGAAGAAGAAAAGAAUUUCAGACUCUCUAUUCGGAGGUUUAUUAUGAGGAAGUUCCUAUAUAUCCAUUAUAUUCUGAUAACUUCACUUUAUAAUUUGCCUUCCAAAAAGAAAAUUAGAAAAAUUACAUAGAUGAGUCAGUUUAUCAAGUCAAUGCCUUUAUGGUUAACAAGUUUCAAUCAACCAGAGUCGAUAAUAAAACAAUUUAAAAUUUUACAAAAACAGAGAUUCCGCUAACUAAAUGUGCAAAGAUUGGAAUAACUUUUGAGGAAAUCGAGGAGUAGUUGGACAAUAUUGACUUCAGUAAUACGUAUUGCAUUGAUUGGAAUAACAUUUCAGAGUUAAGUUUGACUGGCACUCCAGAGUAAUAAAAUUACACUUAUAUGUAUAUAAAUUUCUAAUCUUGUGUGAAUGAUACAAGCAAUAGUAGCGAGAGUGUGAUAUGCAAGUCAAAGGAAGAAAUUUAAGAACAAUUAAGAAGGAACUACAUUUAAUUUUAGAUUUCCUCAUACAACAUAGAUCUGAGGAAUUAUCAAUAACCAAAUGUUCCCAAAGUUGAAGAAAUUUAAACCACAAUUUCAAGUUAAGUAUUGAAAGAUAUUACUUUGUUUAUGCAACCUAUCACCACAUUGACUGAGGAAGGAUUAUUGGACGAAUUGGUUAGAAAAGAUUCUACAAUAAGGUAUUAAAAGAGUCAAGAGAUAAUUGAUUUUAAUAGUGAUGAAGCACUUGCAACGGUAUAUAUUAGAUUAUCAAAUACUGAGAACAUUAGUUAUAGAAUUUAUCCCAAGUUAUAAGACAUCUUGGCUUAAGCAGGGGGUUUAUGGGAAUUAUUGAUGCUAGCGUUUUCAAUUAUUGUAAAACCAUUUUCUUAAAUGUCAUUCAAAAUGGAGAUCAUAAAUAGUUUAUUUAAUUUUGAAGGCCAAAAAUAAAUCGAUUAAGAAGAAAAUAAAAAUAAGGUUUUUGAGAAAUUAAAUGCUGGUUAGGAGAAUAUUUAAACCAAUGAAAAUGAUGUUUCAAUUAUGUUGAAUUAGAUGAAAUCUAAAACCAGUUCACGAUUUCCAAGAGGGAGAAUCAAAGCAAAAACACAAAAAGCUGAUGCAGUCAACUCUGUUUAAACUGAAAAAUCUUCUUAAAUUUUUGGCAACUCUCCUGAGAGUGAUAAAAUGUUGUAAAAAGGAAUUAAUUCUGCCUUUAGAAGGUUCUUUAAUGUUGCAACGUUAAAAUUAAAAUUUAGUUUAUUCGAUUAUUUGAAGUAUUUGAAGUGUGGAAAGAAGGAAGGAAAGUACAAACAAUUAAAUUAUUCAAUCUCCAAAUUAGAUAAGUGUCUUGAUAUACUAUUUAUUAUUGACAAGUUACAAGAAAUAGACAAAUUAAAAAUGAUCUUACUUUCUAAGGAAUAGGUAUAAUUAUUUGAAUUUCUCCCUAAACCUUUAAUAACUCUUGAUCCUACAAAUUAAUAAUACGGUGAAAAUUAACAGUACUCUUCAUUACUAAAACCUUUCAAAGGAUUUAAAGAAAAAUCAUUAGAAGCCUAAUAAGUAUUGGAUUAGCUACUUGAGAAUUUGGAUGAUCCUAUUACUCAUAAACUUAUUUCCUUGAUGGAUUCAAACUUGAUAAAGUUGCUAUAAAUAUAACAUGAUUUAAAAAAAAAGUAAACUCCAUAAUUAUUAGUAAAUGAUUUUGUCGAAGAAUGA